CGGGGCCUCGAAAGGAUGAGGCGGAUCGACAACGGCCAUGCUCAACGACCACCUCCGUUCAGGGUGCUCGCGUCGCCCGAUGGGAACUACCUGUCGCCCGCGACGAUACCGCCGCCACCGCCGCGUGCACCAGAGCCGUACAAGAUCGCGCCGUCCACGACGUCGUCAUCCAGGGCGCAUAGACGGUCCAGCUUCGUGAUAAUCGCAGACUCGAGGCCAACUUCGCCCGAGGCGAGGAGCCCAUCGCCGACAUUGGCCACGGGUAGAGUCUCGCCGUUUCGAGGACGUGGGUUCAAGGGACCACCACCACGAUCGAGGUCGAGGCCUCAAUCACCGGAACACGCGGACGCUCGACGGAGAGGUCGUGGAGAUCGUAGAGUUUCAGUGUCACAGCAGAGCAGUCCAAGGAGAAGCCUGAUACCGCAGCCCGCCCGACAACGUUCAACGUCCCUCAGCAAAUCGACCGAGUGCCUCGCCGCUUCACCGAAGCCCGCCGGCCGCCGCGUUGAUUCACGGGCCCGUUUCAACCUGAACGACUCGAGGAACCGUCUGAACGCCUACGGGAACAGCAACAGCACCACGAAUCUCUCCUCUCGUCGCCAGACGGUCAAGACACCUAGCAAACUAUCGCCUAUUCAGGGAACCCCGACGAAGCCUGAAAAAACGCCGCAGUUCGUUCAUAGGGAUCGUUUCAAGGAAGUGAGUAGACCAUCACCAUCGAAGCCGCGGAAAGUAACUGGAUCGCCGUCCAAGAACGUUUCGAACUCGAGGAGACCGAAUCAGGAGAGGACUUCCGUGUCUGGCAAGACCCCGAGCAAAGAACGCGUAACAUCUCCAUCGAAGAUCCCCUUGAAGACGAACAGAAUCGGCACGAAUCCCUUGAACCCAUCCAGAUUCAUCAACAUCUCGAAUCAACCGAACGAUAGAGGUAAAAAAACCGGCGACAAAGGGUCCAAGGACGUUCGUCAUGGGAGCAAUCAAGGGAACGAGUCUACUCAAAGCGGUAAACAGUCUGAAGACUCCAAAGAGUCGAGCGAUAAGAACAAACGCGAUCUUCAUCUGAUAGAUCUUCUGAAACAAUCUUCCGGUGCCACUGGCACGUCCAGCGUGGUGAACACGACCGCCACUACAGCGGUUCUGUCGGACAAGGAUGCACCCGAAAAGAAGAAUCUCCCUGAGAAAAGAAAUCAGUCGGAUCCUCAUCACAGUAAAUCUUCCAACUCGUCGAACGAUGAUCUGGUAACGAGACAGCCGCAAAAUUCGCAAGCUACCGAUGAUCAAUGUUCGUCGAAUCCUCAGAUCUCGAGGCCUGGCAAGCCUGGUAUCAAUCGAACGAAACCUGGACCACAGAGUAGAAACGAAUCACCGGUUCCUACGGAAAAAAUUGGCGGCCAUUCGAAAAACAAUAGUUUGGGACAAUCGGCGAAGAACAUAGGUAAAGUGAAUGGUGGUGCGACGAGUAAUAACGGUUCGGCGACGCAGCGAUCGAACAAGAUCCAGAACUCCACGAACGAGCAACCUAUCAAGAAUUCGAGAUCGGGUGAUCAGAAGAUCGAGGAAUCGGUUUCGUCGCAACCUGCGACGAACUCGAUGAAAUCGAAUGAAGUGGUUAUCGACCCCACGAAAAAUCCUACAGGUUCUGAUCCAGAGAGACAAGCUACCACUGUCGCGAGUGCUACGUCGAAGCAAGAGGAGCCGAGAAUCGUUUCGAAGACGAGUAACGAGCCAGAAACGAAAGUUUCAGGGAACACGGGUACGGCGAAUGUGGUUCCCGAUCAAUCGACCGGCACGAGGACGAACAACGUGUCAGGAAUGGUUGGUGCAGUGAACGGAUCGAAAAAUGUGAACAGCGCCGGUGUGAAACCGCGACCAGUGAAUCAUGGUAGUGGAACGUCUCAGAAAUCGUCCGCGGGUAUGUCGGUCGAGUCGAUCGAGAGCGUACGAUCCACGGACACCGGGGUGAGCGUGGACACCGUCAGGGGUGUGUCCUCGCCGAGGGAGAAAACCGGUAUGCACGUGGUGAAACGACCCCAAGAGAUCGAGACCUUGAGCGGGAACGUGGUGCACCUGGAGCAAAAUGGGGAGCCAGCGGUGCUGCAAGCGGCGAACGGCGUUGGUGAACGGCCACCGGAGAGAUUUUUCACGCGUUGGAAGAGGUCCCUGAGUCGGUGCUGCGAGUGUUGCCCGAGCAUGAGGUGUCUCGCCUGUCGUACCGACCCGAAAGGACUCGCCUGGCCCAAGAAAAACACGAGGACCGACGUGGUAACCAAUACGAACGAGGUUGGCCAGCAACGCGCAGCCGCGGAGGACAAUGGGCCUGUUGGAUGUUGGCCGAAAUUCAAGAACAGAUGCAGGUGCAACCGACUCAGGGAAAUCAAAUGUUGCUCAAAAAGAUCGAGGAUCGCGCCAGCCGAGGCCGCCGUUUGUUGUCCACCGGAACGAAGAUUCGGCGCGAUUUGCCGUCGGUUGUUCGACGGCUGCAAAUGUUGCAAACGGAACAACGCCGAAGCGGAACGCACAAGAAGCAUACGUGCCAAGCACAGUCUUACCAGCGUCGCGCCGCCACCAUUGUCAGAGGAACCGAAGGCCAAGAUACCAGACGUUUUGGUGGAGCACAAUUCUUUAAUGCGUGGCGCCAUCCCCUGUCUACCAGUUCCUCUUGCCUGGUUCUGUCUAGUGUGGAACGUUUUACUGCCUGGUUCCGGUACCGUCUGGAGCGGUCUAUUCAACUUGUGCUCGGGCCAACCGAGAUUCUCAGCGGUCGCCGGACUGAAAUCGCGGCUUGGAGCUUUCGUGGUGAACCUGGUGGUCGGAGUAGGUCAAUUGUUCACAGUUUUAUUCUGCCUGGUUGGGUGGGGCUGGAGCAUCUGGUGGGGAGUCACUCUGGUCCGUUUAGCCAGGAAAUACAAGCGAUUCAAGGCUUCCGAAGCAGCCAUCAACGACCCAGAAGCCAGGGGAGGAGAACCUGCAGCUCUGCCUCCAGGUGUGCCGAGUCAGGCGCUGAGGGGAAUGGAACGGGCUCGAUAA